CUACAACAUCCUUAGCCAAUCACGUAACGGGGACUAAAGGGGCACCAAAUUUGUAUUUUGCGGAACAAACUGCUUCGCUUCCAGGGCAAUCUUCGUGCACUAAGAUGAUGGAUGCACUGUCGGUGGUGUGUCAGCUGCGGGAUCUGGCUUCGGAACCACAGAACCGAGAGGCGAUAGUCCAGGAUCAGGGCUGCCUGCCCGGGCUGGUUCUGUUCCUGGACCACCAGGAUGCAGAAGUGCUGUUUGCAACUUUGCAGACCCUUCGGUAUUUGGCAGAAUUGACUCCAAACAUCACCACAAUGAAGAAUGAACUGGGUAUGAUGGUGAGCUUGGAAAAUCUUAUUGGAAGAGACGAACUGUCCGUCGACAUCACAGCCUUAGCUAAAGAGGUUUAUAACAUUCUGAGUCAGCCUGCUAAUCCUGCACCCCGCACACCAGAGCGGCAGAGGAGAAAAAAGCCACAGUUUUUUAUCAACUCCUCCAGUAAAAAAGCCAAGUCCGUCACGCUGCACAUCCAAGGCUUGGACAGCACACAGCAGCGAAGCUUGUGUGAAGAGGCUCUGCUCACUGUUAAAGGAGUGAUCAGCUUUACUUUCCAAAUGGCCUCCAAGAGAUGUACGGUCCGCAUUCGCUCGGACCUUCCCACCGAGAACCUGGCAACAGCAAUCGCUGCCACGAAGGUGCUGUCAGCCCAACAAGUGGUGAAGAAUGAGACCGGAGAAGAGGUUUACAUCCCUCUGAAUCCUGCUGGGACAGAGGUACCACAGAACUCAGCCCUCCCAGAUUAUCUCCCUGAAGAAGAGGAGAGUCCGGAAAGGGAAGUGGACAGAGCAAUUUCCCGCACAGCAGCCAAGGAAGAUUCCAGCGGAAGCUGGUUGAACGCUGCUGCGAGUUUCCUUUCAAAAUCUUUCUACUGGUAAAGCUGAGGGUCAGCUUUUAGCUCAAGGACAGACUGCUUCUCGUUGCUGGAAGAAACAUGACAUACAGUCAUGUUGACACUUCAUUAAAGCCCCACUCAAAUCAUCUUUUGAUCUAUUUUCAUAGCAGUGGUCUUUUGAUUAUGAUUGUGCAGUUUUUAGCCAAAAGAGAAAAAAAAGCAUGUGUAAUUUUUAGGAUAGUUUCUGCAAAGCGGCAGCAUUACAUUAGAAAUUCCCCUCCAAGCUGUUAAUGCAGAGUGAGCCCGACCCCAUUUCCCAUCAUUACCGAUGCAACAAUAAUACAGAGCAAUAUUAGAGCUAUCCAGAGGAGCAUGGAGCCUGUGGCCCGCUGAUAUUAGCUUCUAUGUCACACCCAACAGCUUUUUCCAACAGCCUUUUUUUUUUUUCGACUUCUGAAAUUUUCAGCUUGCAUGUCCUCCAUUAUCAGAAAAAUGCCACAAGAACAUAUUCAAAUCACCAAAAACUGGAUUUUCAUUGGAGUGGGUCUUUAAGUACAUGUACGGCUGGAAUCCAGAUCAACACUGAACUAUGAACUACUUUCCUUUUUAUGAUUUUCCUUUUUUGUUUACAUAAAUAAGUAAAUUCAAAACGU